AAAAUAACGACUGAAAAGAGGAAAAAAUGUGAAAUCUCUUAAAUGAUUUAUAGAAAAUGUUUUUUAUUAAAAAAUAAUUUUUUCUCGAAAUAGUUUACAGUCAGGUGGGCGGCCAGAUCACAUUUUAAAUGUCAACCAGAGCGCAUAGAAAAAAGCAAUGGAAGAUGAAAAUAAAUCUAAAACCGGGAUCGGAGGUUUAAAGAUUUUGACUGACUUAAGAGAUAGGAAAAGGUGAAGGUGAAGGCUGAGAAGAACGACGGGGGCAUUUAGGAUAGAAUUGUGGUUGCUGUGCCUUCCUUGUCGGUGCCUUCCUUUUCCUUUUCAUCCUCUUUCUCUUAUACCGAUCUUGCAACGGAUCUCUUCUUUUUUUUCUUGUUUCGUUGCAUUCUAUGUAUCGUAGACAGAGACGUUUUCUCUGAAUUCCUGAAUUUAGUCACCAUCCAUCAGUAUAACCUAAAUCUAAACUAGAGAAGAAAAUAUCAUCAGCCUGGAAUUGAGAUCUCAAUGGAAAGCGGGAAGAAACCGUCGGCCGUGUCAGAUGUGGGAGCUUGGGCCAUGAACGUCAUAAGCUCUGUUGGAAUUAUCAUGGCCAACAAGCAGCUCAUGUCCUCCUCCGGUUACGCUUUCGGCUUUGCCACAACCUUAACAGGGUUCCACUUCACUGUAACGGCUUUUGUGGGUCUAGUGUCGAAUGCAACCGGAUUAUCUGCAUCUAAGUAUGUUCCUAUGUGGGAGCUUCUCUGGUUUUCUGUUGUGGCCAAUACGUCUAUUGCCGGCAUGAACUUUAGUCUGAUGCUCAAUUCUGUUGGGUUCUACCAAAUCUCCAAAUUGAGUAUGAUUCCUGUAGUCUGUGUUAUGGAAUGGAUUAUUAACAACAAACACUACUCAAGAAAAGUGAAAAUGUCUGUUGUGGUUGUCGUUAUUGGUGUGGGUGUUUGCACGGUCACUGAUGUCAAAGUUAACGCCAAAGGUUUUCUUUGUGCCUGUCUAGCCGUGUUCUCUACAUCUUUGCAGCAAAUUACAAUAGGCUCCUUGCAGAAGAAGUACUCAAUUGGAUCUUUUGAAUUGUUGAGUAAGACAGCUCCAAUUCAAGCCCUCUCUCUCCUUGUUCUUGGUCCAUUUGUUGAUUACUACCUUAAUGGAGAAUUUGUAACAAAUUAUAAGAUGUCUAUGGGGGCCAUUGAGACUGAAGAACUGACUAUACCCAAGGAAAAAGAGGUGGCAGUAGCUCGAUUUCAGAGGUUACUUAUAGUUGCUGGUGCUGCUACAGCAGAAAGAUCAGCUGCCCUAGAGCUGGGUAACCUUGAGGAAGCCAAUCUUCUACUUGGUGAGGCUGAAGCAGCCAAUCAAGAAGCUAAAAAACUCAAGCCUAUCUGCAAUUUUAGAGAGGAAGAAUUUGAAAAUCUACCAAAACACUUCAUCUCCAUGGAACUUGUUACCAAUUUUGGCAAGAAGCAGUUGGCAGAAUUGGCUGCAUCUGUCCAUGUAUCCUCAGCCUGAUCAACGAAACCUACAAUAAUUAUGAACUGCCUCAAUUUUGCAUUUGAGGGGGCACUGUGACUGGGAUUAUCGUGCUUUCUUCAAAAUUUAUGCUAACCCUUGGAUGCCUUGACAGAUAGCACCCACAGGCAUGACAAUUAUCUUGUCUAAGAGUAUUGAGUGUGGAACCUCUCUUAGCUAGUGAUUGUCUUGCUCUCUCUAUCUCAACUCUUAAGCAAGCCCAGGCUUUGCUAAACCAAAAAUGGGGGAAAAAGAGAGAGGAAUGCUGAAACAUUUUCUGUGCUUUAUGUAUCUACAAAGUUGUUUUGAGCCAUAUAUUUUUUUUCCCAUUCUAAUUAUAAUUCUAUACAAAAAUUUUACUUUUUUUCAA